AUGCCUCGCGACGGAUCCGGAGCCUCUGACAAUGCCGUCGAGGAGACCCACGACGUUAUCCACGGCGCCGGCGCCAUCAAGGACCCUCACGUCGACCGUGCCGACAAGACCGCGCCCCUCCCCGAGCCUGAGAAGGGUCUCGCCAUUGAGGGCCUUGCCGCCAGCGGUGGCCAAUCCGUCAAGGGAGAUGGUAUUGCACCUGGCGAGCGGUCCACCUAA